AUGUCAGAUGGUCCAAUAAAACGUAGUAAUUUAAACGUAACGUUAGACGAUAGUUUUGAAAUAGACGACCUUUCUAAAAGUCAUAUAUUUAGUGUGGUAUUUGGAUCACCAGUUAGUAUGACGGGAGGUAAUAGCAACAGUGGGUCAGACGCGACUAAUACCAUGAAUUAUGCAGUUAGUAUAGAUAAAACUGUAGAGCAUGUAAUAAGAAUGGUACCCGAAUUUAGUGGAGGUAUAGAUGAAAAAUUAGUAUUCUUUAUAAAUGCAUGCGAGUUAGUAGUAGAUAUAACUCCGGUGGCUAAUCAGGACAUAAUGUUAAGGACAAUCCUAAAUCGAAUAAAGGGUUUAGCUUACGAGGUAAUAAAAUACGAAAAUAUUACUAGUUGGGAUAUGUUAAAAACGUUAUUAAAAAAUACAUAUGAUAAACCCAAAAAUGCAGCGUAUCUGCAAAUAGAAUUGUUUAGCGCGAAACAGCGAUAUAAAGAAACAUUAAUAAAAUACGUUAAUAGAUUACGUAAUUUGGUACAGGCUGUAUCAGAAGGUAGCACACAAGGUAAAAGUGCAAGCGACGCAUUAGCUGUUCAGAAUAAUAUAAGAGAGCAGGCCUUGUUAGUAUUUUUGGAGGGGAUAUCCGAUAGAAUAAAAGUAAUGGUAAAAAGUAAAAAUCCCUCCACAUUAGAGCAGGCAAUACAAAUUGCAAUAAUUGAAGAUAAAAAUAUAACCCCAAGCGAAGUAAGGUCCAAUAAUCAUUUAAAUAAUAGAGCUAGAGGGGAAGCGCAAAAGUACAAUAAAGGUAAUUAUCAUAUUAUAUGCGGAAAAUACGGGCAUUAUGCUAGAGAUUGUAGGUUUAAAAAGGGAAAUCCUAGAAAUGAGGGUAAUAAACCUAGUACGAAUAGACCUACAGCAAACGCAUAUUUGAUAUGCACGUAUUGCUCGAAACAGGGGCACACUAUAGAUAAAUGUUAUAAAAAGAUAAAUGAAGAUAGGCGUAGAAAAGGAGAAAGCUCCAAUUCGGGAAACGGCUAUCGGCCACAGGAAUAG